AUGCCGCCCAGAGCCGCAUUAUACGGCAGACUUUUUCGUGCCAUCAUUGCACUAAAUGGUAUAGCUACUCAAACUGCGGCUCAUAGACGUAAAUUUGAGUAUGUAAUAUAUCAAUUAAAAAAAUUUUACAAUUUUAAGUUUGCGCAAAGCGAAAAAGAUGAAAUAUCAGAAGAGGAGAAGGACGUAGUUUUAAAAAUUAUUGACGUUCUUAAAAAAUUUAGCGAAAUCCUUGAAAAAUAUAAACUUGAUACUUGGACAUUCAAUGUAUUAGAUCAAUCAUGCAACUUUUGUUACAAUUACAUACAAGACAUGUUCGAUGAAAUUGAAUCUCUUUGUUCAGUUAUUUAUCCAGAAGCAGAUCAAUUUUUUGAUUCACAAUCAGAGGAUUUAAUUAAAUACAACACAUAUGACCUUAAGGCAAUCGCUUCAUCAUUUUCGUCAUACAAUGUAGAGUCUCAGCCUGAUUCAAAAUUAAUUUCAACGCUUCAAACGAGAAUUACUGAAAUUUCUGCAAAACUAGCGGAACAAAACUCAAAAAUAGAACUUACAGAGCAAGAUUUUGCACCAAUUCCAAAACAAUAUUCUCAUUUCAAGGUCAAUAUCAAAGAUUUCGUUUUUCAAGAGGAAAUCGGCUUCGGAAUCACAGGAGUUGUUUUUAAAGGUAUAAACAAUCGAACCAACAAACUCGUUGCAAUCAAAAAGUUCUCUUUAUCCUCAUUUAAUACGGCAAGGUUCCAAAUCUACCAACGCGAGGUUUCUGUGUUCUCCAGACUUGCAGAGAUCCCUCAUCCUUGCAUUGUAGGCUUCGUAGGUGCCACAGCCAAGUCUCCUUUCUGCAUUAUUACGGAUUACAUGCCAAAUGGCUCAUUAUACGAGGAUUUAACGUUCAAACACCGUCUUGACGCCACCCAGAACACCAUUGCCACUUACGAUAUCGCUCGAGGAAUGCAGUAUCUCCAUUCAAAUGAGAUAAUUCACCGAGAUUUGAAGUCUUUGAACAUUUUACUUGACGAAGACCUUAAAAUAAAGAUCUGCGACUUCGGAUUAUCAAGAAAUGGAGCUGCUACAGAGACAGUUAAGGCCCAAGCCGUCGGAACAAUGCAAUGGAUGGCUCCUGAACUAUUAACAAACGGUAAGAUAUCAUCAAAAAUAGAUGUUUAUGCAUACGGUAUCAUGUUGGCCGAGAUUCUCAUAUGUGAUCGGCCAUUUAAUCAGUUCCACGACCCAAAUGAGAUGAGAAAGGCAAUUAUUGAACAGCAGGCUAGGCCAAUACUGCCAAGUCGAACACCCAAGAAGAUGAAAAGCCUAAUGGAAAAAUGUUGGGCUCAGGAUCCCCAACAAAGACCAACUUUUUCCGAAAUUAUUGAAUUAUUUGAAACUUGUGAAUACUUUUUUGAUGGAUGCGACAUCGAAAAAUUACGUAGCCAUAUCGAGAGAUGCAAAGCGAACCCUAUUUACGUUGCUGCUGAUUGGUUAAAGGCAAUUGAAAAUUAUUCAAAAAAAGAGAUGACUUUUGAGCAAUUUGUGAAGAUGUUUGAGAAGUCAAAAAUGCCAAUGAGUGUUUCAGAGUCUGUUUUUAAAAUUUUCAAAGAAAAUUUAAAUUCAAAUUCUGAAUUACUCAGUAUAAUGAUUAAUUUUCUUCUCAGAUCACCGCUUUUUGAUGAUUUAGUUGAUAUUGUAAGGAAAUUUCCUGUUAAAACCUUACAAAAAGAUUUAAUAGAAAAAUUCUUAGAAAAACUGCCAACAAAAUCACCAGAACAGGAUACAUCAAUACUAAUUUUAGCAUGCAGACAAGGGUUCCCUGAAGAAGCCUUUCUUUCUGCUAAAACUCAAAAAGAUUUGGUUUUAACGAUGAAUGCUCUUUAUUCCAUCAAAGAAAUAAGACAAGAGUACAUAGAUCGAAUAACAGAAAAAGUUAUUGUACUUCUAAACCGAAAAGACGAUGAAAUAAUUGAGAUAUCAUUAAAAUUAGCUUUGACACUUCGAAUUUGUCAAAGAAUUCCUCAUGACCACUAUUUAUAUUUUGUAAACUCUCAGAGGCCUUCCAUAAGAGAUUUAUUUCUUAUUUGUGCUUCUUUUUGCGAAGAUUUCGAACCCAGGUUUCUCCAUUAUUGCGGAAAGAUGUGGAGAUUGGAAACAGCCCAAAAUGUCCUUCUCAAGGGCAUAAGAUCUUAUACUUCCGCCGCUUAUGUUCUCAACAAAAUUGAAAAUGCAGAGAAUCUUCCCGUUGAAUUCUCAGCGAAAUUCCUAUAUUUGGCUGCACGUAAUCACGAAUCGUUACGCGCAAAAGCGAAAAGGAUUUCUUUGUCACCGCAUUUUUCAAAUGCGAGCAGUGAAAUCCAAAAAUUACUUUCAGCAUUAUAG